AUGGCCAACGCCCCUCACGGUGGUGUCCUCAAGGACCUUCUCGCCCGCGAUGCUCCCCGCCACGCUGAGCUCGCCGCUGAGGCCGAGACUCUCCCCUCUGUGGUCCUCACUGAGCGCCAGCUGUGCGAUCUCGAGUUGAUCAUGAACGGAGGUUUCUCCCCUCUCGAGGGUUUCAUGAACCAGGCAGACUACGACGGUGUUUGUGAGAACAACCGCCUCGUCGACGGCAAUGUGUUCUCGAUGCCCAUUACUCUCGAUGCUAGCCAGGAGGUGAUCAAUGAGAACAAACUACAGGCUGGCUCUCGCAUCACUCUCCGUGACUUCCGCGACGACCGCAACUUGGCCAUUCUUACUAUUGAUGACAUUUACCGCCCCGACAAGGCCAAAGAGGCUAAGCUUGUCUUCGGUGGUGACCCCGAGCACCCGGCCAUUGUGUACCUGAACCAGACUGUUCAGGAGUUCUACAUUGGUGGCAAGAUCGAGGCUGUCAACAAGCUGAACCACUACGACUAUGUCGCCCUUCGCUACACACCCGCGGAGUUGCGUGUCCACUUCGACAAGCUGGGCUGGUCCCGCGUCGUCGCCUUCCAGACUCGCAACCCUAUGCACCGUGCUCACCGUGAGCUGACCGUUCGCGCGGCCCGCUCCCGCCAGGCUAAUGUUCUUAUUCACCCCGUUGUCGGUCUCACCAAGCCCGGUGACAUUGAUCACUUCACCCGUGUCCGCGCCUACCAGGCACUCCUUCCCCGUUACCCUAACGGCAUGGCCGUUCUGGGUCUGCUUGGUCUGGCCAUGCGUAUGGGUGGCCCCCGUGAGGCUAUCUGGCAUGCUAUCAUUCGUAAGAACCAUGGUGCUACUCACUUCAUUGUGGGUCGCGACCACGCCGGACCUGGCUCUAACUCCAAGGGCGAGGACUUCUACGGUCCUUACGAUGCUCAGCAUGCCGUCGAGAAGUACAAGGAUGAGCUCGGCAUUGAGGUCGUCGAAUUCCAGAUGGUUACCUAUCUUCCCGAUACCGAUGAGUACCGCCCCAUUGAUCAGGUUCCCGCUGGCGUCAAGACCCUCAACAUCUCCGGUACCGAACUCCGCCGCCGUCUGCGCUCCGGCGCUCACAUCCCCGAGUGGUUCUCCUACCCCGAAGUUGUCAAAAUCCUGCGCGAGUCCAACCCCCCGCGUGCUACCCAGGGUUUCACUAUCUUCUUGACGGGCUACAUGAACUCGGGCAAGGACGCCAUCGCCCGUGCUCUGCAGGUCACUUUGAACCAGCAGGGUGGACGCUCCGUCUCCCUGCUGCUGGGUGAUACCGUCCGCCACGAGCUCUCAUCUGAGCUGGGCUUCACCCGCGAGGACCGUCACACCAACACACAGCGUAUCGCUUUCGUCGCCACUGAGCUUACCCGCGCCGGUGCCGCCGUCAUCGCAGCCCCCAUUGCCCCUUACGAGGAGUCUCGCAAGUUCGCUCGUGACGCCGUCAGCCAAGCUGGCUCAUUCUUCUUGGUCCACGUUGCCACUCCCCUUGAGUACUGCGAGAAGACCGACAAGCGUGGCAUCUACGCCGCUGCCCGUCGCGGUGAGAUCAAGGGUUUCACCGGUGUUGAUGAUCCUUACGAGACCCCUGAGAAGGCCGAUCUUGUUGUCGACUUCUCCAAGCAGAGCGUGCGCAGCAUCGUGCACGAGAUCAUUCUCAUUCUGGAGAGCCAGGGCUUCUUGGAGCGUCUGUAG